UUAUCAUCAUCUGUUGUCGGUCGGUCGCGUUGUGAGGCAAGCACACACAGACCAGUCAGUGCUCGUGCAGACUCGAGCAGUAGAGCACCAGCCGCCCGCGACUAUCACCGACCACCUAGACCACGACGACGACGAUGUCCGUCCAAAUGCACCGCAACUGCGAUCCCAAACCAAGCAGCUCUUAGCCCACUCUUCGAUCAUCUUAUUGUUGUUAUUAUUUGUAUUUGUUGUUUAGUGUGCGUGAUUAUGUUGUUUUAAUAGUUACGGGAUUAUUCACACCUGGACAUGAGGUUGCCACUCGAGAUUAACGCGGUCUUCCCUUUCGGGUUCUUUGCCAUUUUUGCAAUCACAUCUUCCUUGGCGGAUUCGUCGUGUAGCCCGAAAGCGUGCAGCAGGGAGACGCAAACCGAAAAACCGGUGUGCGGCUCUGACGGUCUCACGUAUCCGAACCGAUGUCUGUUUGAACGAGCGCGCUGUCUCAACCGAAACAUGACGCUGACGAAAAGAUCGGGUUGCCGGACUCAGAGACCGUGCAACGAAUGGGAGACGAUCGCGAGCAGCGCCAACUACAGCUUCAAAGCGAAAUGCAAGACCGACGGAGCGUACGAGUCUGCGCAGUGCAUCCGCGAGAUCGGUUUUUGUUGGUGUGUCACGCCAGAGGGCGUGCCCUUACCGUACACGUCGAUGAGGAGGAAACCUGAGGCGAAGCCGAGGUGCGGGAGGAAGAAAUCUACAAGGAGGAGGUCUCCCAGAAGGAAUAACAGAAGUAGGCCGUGCAAGCAGAGGGAUAAAGCGAUUUUCAACAACAACUUGAUGAACAAUUUUCAAACCGAGUUCCACAGAUACACAGGCCAAAGGACGCUGAACGAUUCGCACGUUUUAGAAUGGAAAUUUAAUUCGCUGGACAACAAUAACGACCACUUCUUGGACAAGUUGGAAUACAGGGACUUGAAAAGGCUGGCGAAAAAAGCCGUGAAACCGAAAAGGUGCGCCAAAAGUUUUACGCGCUCGUGCGACCUGGAUGGUGACUUCAGAAUCAGCUGGCCGGAGUGGGCGGAAUGUUUGACUAGAGACGGGUUGGACGAUGGCAGGGGCGGCGGUGGAGAGCAGAACGCCUCCUCUGAUCCGGCAGACGGGGACCAAGAAGAAGAGGAAUACGAGCUGCCCUUUGGGGCGCCCAGGUCACCACCCGAUGGCAUUCUUCUACCUGGACUAUCAAACCCUGACAGAAGUCUUGAAGAUGAGUCUCCAGAAAUUCGAGAUGAUGACCCCACUGACUGCAUAUCGGACAGAACAGCCGCUCUUCAUGAAGAAGACCCCCUCUACGUCCCAGAGUGUACGCCUGACGGAAGAUACCAAAAGGUUCAAUGUUACAAAAUAGCGGGUUACUGCUGGUGUGUUCACGAAGACACGGGCAAAAACAUCCCCGGCACUUCCGUGAAAAACGGAACGCCAACCUGCGAUAACUUGACCCCGAUCAGCCGACCAAUGAAGGGCUGUCCCGAAGAAAAGAAGAACGUUUUCCUCAGAGACCUCAGUCAGUAUCUUCAAACGCAGAUCCCGAACAACACGAGCACCUUCAACGGCUUGGAUUAUAUUGCUUCCAAGGAAGAAAGGGCCGCCAAAUGGAGUUUCGUGGUGUUUGACAAAAACAAGAAUAAGAUGCUGGACAAGAUCGAAUGGAAAGCUUUCAAGGACAAAGUAGGGGGGGUGAAGGGGCUGAAGAAGUGCGGGAAAAAGUUGCCCAGGUAUUGUGAUAUUAAUAAAGACAGGAGCAUCAGUCUGACUGAAUGGCUGGAGUGCCUUAACGUACAACAAGGUUCUGCAGCUGGUGGUACCUUGACAAACACUGCAAAAGGAAAGAAAACCCUAAACAUGCUUAUGGAAGAUUAGAGUGUUUAAUUUGUGAUUUUGUGCGGUGCGUACAGAAUAGACUGUAAUUUUAACACCAAUCAAAAAUUCUUGAACUGGUCUCUCAGUGCCUUAUACGACUAUAUGUGAUUGUAGUUUAGUGUACAGCUUUUACCUUAAAGAUGAUUCUUAGUAAUUUUCCUAUUUAGGUAGAAAACUCAGUUUUUUUGCUUGGAAUUAUCUUUAAAUUGCGUUAUGCUUAUUUAUUAAAUAUAGGUACUAACAUUUAAUUUUUUACUGCUACAGUAUUACAAAUAAAUGCUUUUUUAUUUUAAGUCCUGACCUGUGCUUUAAAUUUAUUUUGUCAUGGUCUUUGUGUAAUACCAGUACCAGUAUGGAAUUCGAUGUGUUAAAUGUUAAAUUUAAAAUCCAAUCAAACAUUAUUGUUGAUAUAUAAAAAAUAAUUAAAUGCAGA